AUGGAACACCCCAACUCAAACCGCCUGGAGAUUUAUGAACCCGAGGAGCCCGCACCGCUACGAAUCAUCAAGCGUAGCCAGACCGUCGCCGGUCGCCCUUCGAGCUCCGGAUUUGGAGGCGCAGACGAGUGGGGAGUUUUUGAAUCCACGUUCGUCAAUGAAGACGAAGGAAGCCCACCAAUAGCAGCGAACAGACCUUUAGGACCUUUGACUAUACAUAAGAUAAGGAGAGGCAGGGGGAAGGGCCGGGGCAGCAUUUUGGGCGACAGCUUGUCUAUAAAGGUUGUGGAUGUUGAGAAGCAGGGUACAACCAAAGAAAGAAUCAUACUAUUAACCUAAGCUGAUUCUCGCAGUUUACCCUGAAUUUCCAAAAGAUGAUUUUGACCUUACGCCUAAAGCUACUCGUCAGCCAGAGCGUGCCGUAAGUGCGGGUAAAUUUUUGAGGACCGAAUUACAUCGUGGCAGUUCUGAAAACGACGUAAACAGGUAUCCCAUUCAACAGCCUUUGGAUGGAUCUCCUGAGAUACCUAAGAGAAAGCAUUCUAAAUCCAAAUACUCUCUUUUAAGAGCAUUCGGCGGUAAGCGUAGCGACGAUUUGAAUUGUAAAGCUCUCGGUAGAAGCGAUUCUUCAGCUUCAACUAGGACAAUGAAAUCCCAGAAUACUCUUCUCCGUAGGCUCUCCCACAGGAAGUCUACAGCGUCUACAAUUCAGUCAAUCGCUUCCUCAGUACCGUCAAGUUUUGGGACUGUGGAGCUAACUCAUCCUUUUGACACAAAUAGUCAAGAGAUUAUUGAUGCUACGGUCAGUCCAAGAGAAUGUUCAUACUACGAUGGAACAGUUAUAAUCUCUAGCCCUCCAACACCCACACUCGGCUCAAGUAGGGACGAUAAUCUGGUUCUAUGCCCACAAAUUUCCGUCACUCCGGAGAGCGCUAGUGUGAAUGCGGGUGUUUGCACACUAUGGGCUGCGGUCGAAAUCACAGGCGUACUUCGAAGAGCUGACGGUACAUCGACUUCAGAUGAUGCGGGUCGUACUUAUAGCACACAAAACCUUACUCCACGUUGCUUAGGUAGGUAAAAGAGCCUCAUAAUCCUUUGGCAGUAUUUUUACUAAUAGUUCUAGACCUUAGAAGUUAUGGCAGUCUCCAUAAUAUUGCUGUUGAAUUCCAACCAGGGCCAGAUUGCAUUAUAGUCGACCAGCCAGAGGAUACCUUUCAAGCGAAGACCAUUCGGGUGAGUGAGACUCAUCUUAUGUUGGUCAAGAUUCGAUUGAGCGAAGUCAAGGUUUCGGUUUCGCAUGCAAAGGAAAAGUCAUCGGAUGAACUGAUCGAAAAUCUAAAUGAGAUCCUGGGAGACAUCAGCACUCAGUAUCUAACUGUAAAACUUAACUAUCGGCAUUCAGCAUUCUUGAAUUUAAGACAGCAGGCUGUCGAAGGAGAGUUCAGGCUUUUGCCGCAGCACACACUGUUGGAGACGAAAGCUACAGCAUCAAUUAAGCGCCACAAUCCAGCGUCCGCUUGGUCACCAAGAAACUCCGGUGCUAUGAAUUCAGCGGUAGGAGGCUCUGCGCUCACUAAGAUUAUCGAGAAGCACUUUUCAGCCGAGAAGUCCAGGGAAGCACUCCAGAAACUUGCGGAUGAUAGAACAACGAUUCCAUAUCCCCGGAGGACAUAUGGACACUCUUCCGAUAAAGAAAAUCGGAAAUCUACCGCCAGCCCAUUAUCAUACAUAGAUCCGAGUAAUAGUUUACUUUCCCAUUCAUUUUCUAUGACCGCCAUUUCAAAUUUUAACGCUCGAGGUAGUCCUGUUCCAAAACGACUGGUCUCACCUUACGAUCAUCCAUUGGACAUGGUGGAUGGUGAAAUGGAUCCGGCUCGGAAGAUUUGGUCACAAAUGCGAAGAACCUCUCGACCGGCCCGUAAACAUCCGCGGGCUAGCAUCAGCGAUGGAAAUUACUUUAGUGCAGAUCAAGACGCGCUAUUUGAUUGUACUCCACGAUAUGGAGGCAGCUUAAGAAGUCCGAACACCUCGCUUUUUGAACCGCCUGAUAGUCAUUUCGAUACGUCGCUUGAAGUAACACCAAAAGCGAAGCAAAAUCGAGCCUCAAGAGGCAAAAGUACUAGUACCGUAAUCGACGAUAAUAGAAACCAACUGAUGGAGGUAGCAUUGAGAAACAAGAGGAGUGUGGGACAGGAAACCCUGAGAAGCAUGGUACCUAGCACACAUAGUGGCAAAGGCUUUGGAAUUGGCCGGCAGGGUGGUGUUAUGGGGGCAGUAGCGGGAGUAGGGCUAGCAGGUAGGAAUUGGGGGCAGUGGUUACCUUGGGGAGGGGGCGAGUAA